GCGCGCGCGCGCUCGCACGAGGAGCGCGGGCUCCUCGGGAUCUGCCGCGGAAUCUUUGCCGUUCGAUAAAUACGGGUGAUCUGGAUUUUGCGACGAGAAAGAACGGCGAUCGGAUUUCUGGUGUCGUUCGCCAACGUGUUUACGUGUCCGUGUGACUUUGAGGUGAUCGCAAAGGGCAACGCGAUUAGAAGAUGUCGCCUCGCGGUGGCAAGUGCGCGCGUGUCAGCAAGGUGGCGGCCACCAAGGGGCGUCAAGCGCGCGGCCAGCAUGUUUCCGUGGGUCUUGUGGAAGGUGAAGAAACAAUGACGACGACGACAAUGGCACUGGUGACAACAAUCGCGACAGCGACGUCGACGACGACGAUGACGUCAAACGAAACGGCAGUCGCAGCGACGAGAAUGGACAAGCCCGCGGUGCACACGACGGCGUGCAACGACGAGGGUCGAUCGCAGUGGUCCGGGCGCAUGCGCCAGUCCCUGGAGAGCAGCUCCGAGCCAGCCCGUGAAAACGGUACCCCGUUGCAUCGUUGUUAUCCGGAGAGGCAACGACGACGGGAGAGACACGUCGCCGCGGGGAGGAAGCAUCGACCGGCGAGGUGUACCGAGAACGCCGCCACCGUCGCUGCCGGCUCCUCGUGCUCGUCGACGUCGUUGUCGUCGCCGCCACCGGCGCUUUCCUCGCCCGCAUCUUCCUGUACGUCCUCGCGCCGCUCCACCUCACCGCCGUCGUGCGUCUCGUCGCCGACGCGCUCUUCCACCUCGUCGUCGGUCACGAGCGAUCCGCUAGCGAUCAAACCAGCGGCCGCAAAGCGGAAGCGGAACGCCGCGGGAACAAAGCAGGACAGCGACAGCGGAGCGGCGACUCAUGGAGCGACGGAAAUUGCGACGAUUACCUCCUCGACCACCGUGUCUACCACGUCACCGUUUCCCUCCCCCGUGUCCACGUCUUCGGCGUCCUGCCGGACGACGACCACUCCGCGCGGCUACGUCGGCGAUCAUGGCGCCGCGCAUCCGUCCUCAUCCGCCCUCGAGAGGCUGAGAAAUGUCCUUGAAAAUUACGAACGCGGUCGGAUCUAUCUCGCCCAUGUCUGCUACCUGGACUGGCGGGAUCUGCCAGGGUCAUCAUCGGACGCGGUUGUUGGUGGCCGGACGUCACUGGCGGCCACGUUGCUUACGCAAGGUCAACAUGCUGAGCCAGCCGGUGGUAUACGCUGGGGCUCCUUAACCGUCGAUCUCUUUCUCUGGUGGUUCCAUCACGAGUUUGCCGUUACAGCGAUGGCGAUGCAUCCGGAUGGCGCCGUGCUGGUGGCCGAGAGCGCCGAUUACCUGCCACCGGAGGGUGACUGCGUCGCCGCGGACGGCCUAGUGCGGCUGUUUGUGGUGCCCAAGGAUUGCAUGGAAACACGGUUGGUGAUCCGAGAGCUGAGAGUGCGACUAGCCACCGGGUUACUGUCUAAGGCACGCUGCGGCGUUUAUCGCGACAAAGUCUUUUCGAGUUCGAGCGAGGAAAUGGCCGAUCAUCGGUUGGACGCGUACCUGAAAUGGUUUACGUUGAAGGAAGCAUUCGCGGAUCUCCAUCGCGCCUGGCUAAGCGUUCGGUCGGACACUUUUGCUCGUAGCUGGACGUUGCCGCGAGAUCGCGACGAUCACUCGUUAGCGGGACGUAACGGCGCCAUUUUGCCAUCCAGAAUCCACGCGGUGGAUCAGGAGGAAGACAGGAUGCUGCUCGUCGAGCUGCAGAGUCUUGCAAGGGAGGCUGGACUGGAAGUCGACGACGAGGAGCUAGGCAGGUGGAUCGUCGACGAGGAGAGCGCUUUGGCGCGUUUUGUCAGGAAGCGGGAGCCGGACGAAGAGCAGCAAGGAUGUCGGGUGAAGAUCGAGGCGGAUGACAAAUGGUCGGAACGCAAUGGCGAUGAAAAUGAAGACGGAAACGACGGCGUCGAGGAAGACAACGACGAGGAGGAGCCUACGGCUGAGGAGGCUGUCGGACUACUCUCGAGGGUACUGACCUGGAUGGAGAGGGAACCCUUCGAUCCAGGACUCUUGCUGGCGGUCAGAUCGAUGCGCGAUACCGCUGCACUUAUGGCGAGCAAGAUGGCAGGUUUGGCGGGGACGCAUCCGAGCGGGCUGCCCUUCUUUUGCCCUAACGGAGACCAUCUGACGCAACCACCUCCCGCCCACAUGGGCAUACCACCCUACGGGGCGCUGGACGCUGGCAAAGCGGCUGCCGCGGCCGGUCUCACGAGGGCGCCGAUGUAUCCUUUCUCGACGGGCCAGUAUCCAUAUCCCAUGCUUAGUCCAGAAAUGACGCAAGUCGCUUCCUGGCACACACCGAGCAUGUACCCCAUCUCGCCGGCGAAUGCCGGCUUCCGGAGUCCAUAUCCCACGAGUUUACCCAUCACGAGUUCCAGUUUAUCAAGUGAUCUCUACCGGUUUUCGCCGACGAGCCUCAUGCCGCCGCAUCCCGGUCUCAGCCCGCAUGCACAUGCGUUGGCGUCGCACGCGUUGGUAUCCUCGGCGCCAAAGGCGGAUCACUCCACCCUGGAUCACAAUCACAGUAUAGCACGCGACAGAACGAGAUCGUUUAGGAUCGUUCCAUGGAUCGAUUUGGAUCAUCUCGGCGGUGUGCCCGCGAGUAAACACGAGGCAGCCCCGUAUGUGGCGAUGGAGUCAGCCGAGUGCCCGGAGCCGCUGAAUUUGGUGAUCAAAAAGGACGACACUGACGACAGCGGGCCGGUGAUCGGGGAGAGGAUCGCGGAGGCGUCGAUCGACGAGGAGAAGGACGCCGUUCUCGCGGCCGAGGAGAGCGCGAUCGAGGAUAACAUGGCGAUACUCCAGGACGCCGUCAAGUCCGCCGAUUCCGGUGGCUUACCAACCGCGGAUCACAAGCUCCUGACCGCGCUCUACAUGAGCAGCCUCAUGCAGAUGUCGAGCCUGAGCCCGCCGCGCAGCAUCGCGCCGCCGCCGUACGGCGCCAGCCAGCAGCAGCAACAGCAGAGCUUCGUUCAUCUGCUGGCGAUGGUGGAGGCGCGGCACCGCAUGUGGCAGCAGAUGAACUGGCCGCUGCCGCAGAAUUUCCUCAGGAGUCCGCUGACGUUGCCACCGACCGCGCCGCCGUACUUUGACGGCGCGACGACGACGCCGACGCCGGCGCCGACGCCGAACCUGACCGACCAGCUGUCCCAGAACAACGCGCCGACCUACCCCCUGUCCUGCGCGAAACCUGAACCCCUGAAUCCUGAGGCCAAACAAUCCUACUUUAAUAAACGGUCUACGAUAGAACAGAAAAACUCCACGUCGUUACCUACGGACAACGCGAAAGCCCAGGAUACGGGCCAGCAAAACAAUCAAGAUAAAAAGAAACCCCAUAUAAAAAAGCCUUUGAACGCGUUUAUGCUGUACAUGAAGGAGAUGAGGGCGAAGGUUGUGGCAGAGUGUACCUUAAAGGAGAGCGCCGCGAUCAACCAAAUAUUAGGGAGACGAUGGCACUCGCUAAGCCGGGAGGAACAGGCGCGGUAUUAUGAGGCGGCCAGGCAGGAACGCCAUCUGCACCAGCAACGAUAUCCUGGCUGGAGUGCCAGGGAUAACUACGGAUAUGGCAGCAAGAAGAAGAAGAGGAAGAAAGAGCGCUCCGCAGAUCCCACCGGAGGUAAUAACAUGAAGAAAUGCCGCGCCAGGUACGGAUUAGAUCAGCAGAGCCAGUGGUGCAAGCCCUGCAGACGUAAGAAGAAAUGUAUCAGAUACAUGGGGGAGGGAGGAGACGGCGACGGUGAAGUGGACGGCGAAGCCGAGGACGACCAUUCGGAGGAUAAUCUGGGCAGCGUAGGUGAGGCGGGAACUCCUGAGGAUGACGAGUCCCUCAGCAGUCCCGGGGGCCUGUCCGCGUUGUCUAGUCUGGCGAGUCCUUCGCUGGUCUUACCAUCGCCCUCGAGUCUGUCAAGCCCGUGCCCGUGUCCUUUAACGCCUCCGGUGCCACCGCCGCCCUUGUCGAACACGAGCCAACCGUCGCACAAUCAACCGGCAACGACGGCGGCGGCAGCAGCGAUGGCUGGAGUGGCGGUGACGACAGCGGCGACGCAACAACCAGCUCCGCAACCGCAUCGCAACCCCGUCGGCACGAAUCCUCAUGACAUCAAUAAUCCGCUCAGCGUGAACCAGCUGACCGGACAGUGUAUAAAGAGCGAGCCCGCGCCCUCGGGCCCCUCCAAUCCGGCGAUCAGCGUCACGUAGCCCCGGCCGGACCCACAUGACCGAACUGUUGCUACAUGCGGUGUCAUCUACGGGGUCCGUCUACGUGUGCGCGCGAUAAGAAAGCCGGAUGACGAGGUGAUGAGAGAUUGGCGGUUGAGAGAAACUUCCCCACCAUCACGGGCAGGUUUUCACUUUCGUUUUAAGAGGGGAGUUUUCGUUUCACCGCCGAUCUGAUCAGGAGGGACCAGAGUUUUAAUAUUUUCAGAAAAACACUUGAAGAUAGUCCGAGGGAUCGCUCAUAAUAAUAGUUGAUCGUGCUUUAAUUGUGAGAAUCGAACGCGGUCUGCGCGAUCUAAGCAGCAUCGUUAAUGAUCCAGAUCCGGGCAUGAAAAGUUGUCGAUCGCCGCCUCGUCAUUGUGAAUGAUGGUGUUGCCUUCGGUCGUUUUCUCCUGGCAUAGCCUCGCUCUUAUGCAUUCGCCGAAGUACAGGUCAUCCAGUGUCCGACAUACACACAAAUUUGGGAAUAAGAAUCAAGACAUUAUAUACAAUAUGUGUAACAAACGAAUAAAAACAAAUACGAUACAGAAAUACUCAGGACCAAGUAUUUGGCUGUAGUCACCCGCUCGGCAAAGAGAAAAAGGUCUGAGCGAGAUAUGUAAGCGAGAGAGAAUAUGUAUGCGUGCGUGCGUGCGUACAAAGCAAGGGAAGAGCAAAAGGUGCACGUCCAGCUAAUAAUGUGACUGAAAGAAGGACUCGUUGGAGGUGCACGUGACGCAGCUUGUAGUCCUUGUUACGUUGUGAUGCCAAUGACUGAAAGGUCAUGUUCCUGUGCCAGCUACUAUACUCUAGAGAAGUAAUUGUGUCGCGAACAAGUAGCUAAGAGCGUAAGAUGGAAGAGAGAGAGAGAGAGAGAGAGAGAGACGUAAAAAUAGAAAGAAAAAGAACAGAACGGAAGUCGCGUAUGCGAUGCGUUUUAUUGUCAUUUGAUUAUUCGACCUCAUCUCUCACACAUAGGUGUCGAAAUACCUAUCCUCUAUGUAUAUGUAAUUUGUUAUUUUUUUAAAAGUCUAUACACAGUGCGGUUGAUUAGCGUGUAAGAUAUCCUUAAUAAUCCGAAUCCCUGCUCACUUUUUAUUCGAAUACUUUUUCCUCGAAUAUCUCUCUUUCUUCUACAUAUACAUGUCCUUUCUUUUCUUUAUUAUAAUAUUCUAUUAUUUGGAAGUGAUGCAAUGCGAUUGGCAUGAUUUUAUAUCAUAAGUCUCUUUUGCGCAUGAGUCUUUUUUACAAAAUAUAAUAAUGCUAUUAUUUAUACGUAUUAACAUUAAUAAUACGUAUAAAAUAAAACAUAUUAUAUCUUUAAUAUCCUCUAUUAUUGCUAUCACAAUUGACUUAAUAUCGCUUAAGAUCUUUACCCUUCGAUUCUCUCGUGACUUUAGUCGUCAAUGCGACAAACUUUCGACUGAACGAAGACAAUAACUGCGAUAAAUAAAAGAAAUAUAUAAGAAAAAAGAGAGAGAGAGAGAGAGAGAGAAGACAAAGGGUCGAGAAACGCGGGCACAAUUUUUUAUACAAGGAUCGAGACGACUUCAUUGAAUCGUUCGCGAUUACUGUACAAAAAAUGACGUGUUUUGGAAUCCUACGAUUAUCUCGUAAUUCAUUUGUUUCUUCUUUGUAUUUCUGUGUUUCUUUCUCUAGGAGAAUAAUUUCUGCUCAUCCUUUCCUUAUCUCACUCUUAUGUGCUAACAUGACAUAUAAUAGCGACAUAUACGGUUAAAAAAUUCGUCCGACUUAAGGACUAAUGUCAAUUUGUAAUUUGUGCGUCAGAGAAAUAUAUGUCUCUUUCAAAUCGUUUUAGGAAGAAAAUUUCUAUUAUUGGAACAAUCACACGCAUCUCUCGGCAAUUACUGGAUUUUAAGAAGAAAAUUGUAUAAUUAUACUCCUUCUGUAAAACAGAAUUUAUUUUAUUCGAGUAUUCUUUUUAUUUUUUCUUUCUUGCCUUUAUUUCACAUUUUGCGAAUGUUAGAAUAAUGCGCAUUUUUGUCGUUACGCGCAAAAUAAUGUUACAUUUUUAUUGGCGACUAUCGACAGUUUUUUAAUGAAUUAACAUUUUAUUAUAUAUCUUGUUUACCGUGGUGUAACGUGCAAAUGUGAACGAAAAGGCCUCUCUGACAACGGACGGUAAAAUGAACAAAUCAAGAAUGCGAGUUAUUGUUCUAAAAAAACUCUAACACACAAGCGCACGUUUCGAAUGAAACAGAGGUUGUGAAUUGUGCGAUAAAAGAUCGUCUAUUUUAUUCUUGCCCGUUUUGCUAUUGAGACUUUUUGCUAGUUUUUUAAAUUUUUUAGUCUUUUAUCAAUUUGUGUGUGAUAUUUAAUAAAUUCAAUAUUUUACGUCUAGAUUUUGUAGAUUCGAUAUUUUAUUUUAAUAAUGAAAAAGCAAUAGAAUGAAAAAGCAAUAGAAGGCCUUUUAAAUAUUUUUGCAACAGAGCUCAUUCGCGCGCACGCGCGAUAAUAUUUUCAAGAGUCUUGAAUCGCACAAUUUCGAGAUUAUAUAUUUCAAGUAUAUAUAUAAGCGCGACACAUUGUUAGAGAUUUGGUUCUGUUUCGUUGUGCGACAUAUUUCGGUGCAAUUUUAAUCUUCCUUUAUUAUAUUACCGGCCAAAAGAGGUAAAGCGCAGCAUAAUGGGUCCUUUACAACAGUUGUUCUGCGAGCGUUUAUUUCAGGGGGAGUGCAGUUUCUCUCUUGUACAUAAAAAAAAUAUGUUUUAUAAGAUGCAUUUGUUGCGACGCAUGGGAAAGUGCAAUGGAGGUGCCAACGAGAGAGUGCCGAGAUCGCGCGUGUUUGUGCGCCACAAAACGGAAGCGUUGACGUUACGCGCGAAUGUGUGCGGACAUCGGUGAAAAUGUUUUCUUUUUCCUCUCUUCUUUCCCUUCCGCAAUAUGUUCUUCUUUUUUUUCUUCUUCCUUCUCUUCUUUUUUCAACCGACUGAAUCGCACGGUGUACGUCCGUGCACGGCGAAGACCGCGGCUGUAGAAACGCGUCGCUGAGUAUAGCAGCAAAACUAAACGUGCCAUAACAACACCAUGCCAAUAUUAAUGAUAAUACGCAUAUCGUUUCUCUUUUUUUAUAUUACGAUCUAUUCGACCUUGUUCUGUCAGUCGUAAGCGUCAGGCCCAUCGAUGCGAAUAUGUCCUUCCUUAUCCCCGUCCUUUUCGUUCGCUCUUUUAGCUUCAUCUAUCCUUCCUUUCCCAUCCUUUUCCGCUUUCUUCGUUUAUCGAUCGAACUAGUUACAUAGACUGAAAGCGGCAUUUAAUAUGAAUCUUCUUGCGAACGUAAUGCAACUCUCAUCUUGAUCUCCCUCAUCAAACGUUAUCGAGUCGGAAACGAUACGAAAAAACGGAUUCACAUAUAAUACAUGAAGCUCUCGAACUUAACAAAGAAGUAAAGUAACUGUGGACUCUCGUGAAUACAAGAAUGUUCGAUCGAGAAACCAAAGUAUCUAUCUAUCUAUUAUCUAUCUUCCUAUCUAUCUACCUAUCUCCUUACUCCUCGAACAAGUACGGGGCAAGGACGACCAGCGAUGAUGUCUCACGAGAGACGAGUACGAGAGAAAAGGAGACAGCGGAGACUUAUCACCACUACUGGUUGUACUGACAGACGUAGCCACUACUACGAGAAAACAAGACUCGCAAAGUCGUGCGAUGUUUGAAUAUUGUAUGCGACGGUGAGGAGGGUGACGCGAGCAGUCUCUUCGACGGACAACCUUCGGAAAUGAGGAUUUGUGAAACUCUUCGAAGAAAAGUAUGUCCGCUCGCGUCUCACCUGCCUCCCAUUUCACUUUGCUAGAAACGAGACAACGUCACGUAGGAUUCGGCAGCGGACUAUUCAGAGACGCAAAAGCGUCUUCGUGUUUUUUUCGAGGACGCGUAUUAGGGAGAAGGAGAGGAGAGAGAGAGACGUAUCUUCGGGACGCAGAGUAAAUAAUCUUUGGCGGGCAAACUCGCUCGAUAUGGCCUAAAGUCCGCUCGAGAGGAGAUAUCGAGAUUCGCUCGUAAAGUCCGCAAGGAAACGACACUCCCUUUCCAAGGUGACGGUGACGAGAGGACGACCAAGGUCCGCUCGAGCCGACCUGUCCCAAUUCGGUGCUCGUGUCUCGCUUCAGAGGAGUGGUUGUACUAUAUUGUAAAGUAUCAAUCGACAGUUCUCAGCUGCGUUGUACAGUGUUUUCUAAGUAUUUAGGUUGAUAGCGUGUAAUUGAGAAGAAAAAGGAACAUUGUAUUUACACUAAUAAGUGAUCUGUAUCAAAUUCAUUCUCGUAUAGCCUGUACUCCUACUCAUGUAGAUGCUAAAAGUGAUUUGUGUCAUAAAGAAAACCUAUAAAUAAAAUUAGCACUUUGA